CCGUACCGAGCGGAGUUGUUUGCACAGUACGCAUUUUUUAAGAAGGGGAGAGAUCUCUGCAUCUUCCUCCCAAAAAAUUUCCCCCCUUCUUGUUCCUUCCCUCAACAUCACCAUCAAAUGCAGUACACUCUCCACGAAGCGUCCUUGGCGGAGUCGCAGUCGGCGCCAUCCGAAUCCGCCCCACUAGACUCUCUAGCCAACGUGGACACCCAUGUCAACCCGCCCGGGCCAAUUGCGGUCGAUGAUUUUAGCUCUGACUCCAACGGUGAAUUCCCCGAUGAUCUAUCCGAUCUCACCUCCCUGUCGGAGAGCGUGUUCGAGUUUGAGUAUGAAAACGGUCGCCGGUAUUGCAGUAACCGCUCCGGAAAUUAUAUGAUGCCGAACGAUGAGGAGGAGCAGGAUCGAAUGGAUAUCACACACCACAUAUGGCUGAUGCUCCUAGGAGGGGAGCUCUACAAUGCCCCUAUCAAAUCAUCACCACAGAACAUUCUUGACCUAGGAACCGGAACAGGCAUUUGGGCCAUGGACAUUGCUGAGAAAUUCCCUAGCGCCCACGUCAUUGGGACUGAUAUUAGCCCUAUCCAGCCUAGUUGGGUGGCCCCCAAUAUCGAGUUCAUCGUGGAAGAUUUUGAAAGCGAAUGGAAUUAUGAACCAAAUUAUUUCGACUUCAUCCAUGCACGAUGCCUGGCAGGAUGCGUGGCCGACUGGCCCAGGUUCAUCAGUCGGAUCUACGACCACGUCAAACCCGGUGGCUACUUUGAGUCACACGAGAGCGCUGUGUGGGCUCGCAGUGAUGACGGCUCCCUCAAGCCGAAUUCUGCGCUGAUGGAAUGGCAGCAGGCCAUCAAUUUCGCAGGCGAUAAAAUCGGUCGCGAGCUGAACAUAUACCAUAAGCUGAAGGACUGGAUGAUUGAAGCCGGUUUCGAGGAUGUCAAAUUAUCGGUCUACCUGCUGCCGUUCUCGCCCUGGCCACGCGAUCCCCAUCUGAAGGCUUUGGGGAAGUACCAGGCUGUGCAGUUACAGCAAGCCAUCGAUUCCUAUUCCCUGCGUUUGUACACGCAGGUGCUGGGAUGGGGCUCGGAUGCGGCCAAGAUUCAUAAUGCUGUGGUCAAGCAGGAGCUGCGGGAUAAGAGAUUACAUGCAUAUGUUCAGACAGUCGCUGUCUAUGGGAGAAAGCCUCUUCACGGCUGAAUGAGGGUAGAGUCUGAGCUAUUACGAAGGAUACAAUGAGCCUACUGCCCGUGGCGUUGUGAUGCAUCGAUGUAGCUGUGAAUAGGGGUGCUUCCCCACAUCUUGCCAGGGAACUUAUUUUGUGAAGUAAUCUAAUCUCGGUUAAAAACCCUCAUCCCAUAACGCAACGACUGGGUCAUAUAUUCACACAUACAACUUACCGUAUUCUUCCUGAACACUAG